AUGAUGGAGAGUUCUCUACCUCAACAUGUUGCCGUUGACCAACCUAAACUACAUGUUUUGCUAAGCGACCAGUCUUCAGAGGACAGUAACAGUGCCGAAAAGGCAAAUAAUGGCACACAAACGAAAUUUUUCCGACUCCGGAAAAGCAAAGAACUCAUACCGAGUUUAAUGUUCCGGAGGUGUUUAGGCAAAGGCAUAAAACAAAUCCUGCCAUCGGAACUGCCAGGGAAAAGAAAAGUAAAGUUAAUGAACUGGAAAAAGUUUCACAAACUCAACGUUAUAUAUUCGUUUAUGGAUGAGCUAGAAAGGGAUUUUCCAGCAAUAUGUACAGUUACAAGCAUUGGCAAGUCGGUAGAAGGAAGGGAUAUUAAGAUGUUGAAGAUAUCAAACAGCAAGGCCAGCAACCCUGCAGUCUGGCUAGAUGCAGCAAUACACUCGAGGGAAUGGAUAAGCACAGCCGUUGUCACUUACCUCGCCGAUUUCAUCGUCAGAAACUUCCAGAAACUCUCCGAGUCCAUUACUGAUAAUGAUUGGUUCAUAGUCCCUGUAUUGAAUCCCGAUGGUUACGUGUACACGCAUACAAGAGAUCGCAUGUGGAGAAAGAACCGAGCGAAACACGACGGCGAGCGUGUCGGUGUUGAUCUCAACAGGAAUUUUAGUUAUCGUUGGGGAAACAAUGUCAAUGAAGGGUCAUCAGAUUUGCCCAAUCAUGUGUUUUACCGAGGACCUGUCCCCUUUUCAGAACCAGAAAGUUGUGCAGUCAGGGAUACAAUAUUAAGCUCCCAGACGCCUUUUAAAGUCUACCUCUCCUUCCAUAGCUACUAUGAGCUGAUCAUAUUUCCCUGGGGCUACAAAGCGGAGCCCUGUCCGGAUUAUCUGCAGCUACUGGAAGGUGGCACGGUCAUGUCAAGGGCAAUAUAUAACAACAGCGGAAUGAUUUACAAAGUUGGAUGUACAAAAGACCUCACGUACUACGCGUGUGGAACCAGUACUGACUGGAGCUAUGGUAUUGCAAAAAUCCCAUAUUCGUAUAUGAUAGAAUUGCGCAGCAAGAAGCACAGAUUCAAGUUACCAAAAGACCAAAUUUUAGAGACUUGCGUAGAAAUCUGGCAUGCAGUGAAAAGUCUGAUGGAGUUUAUCGAUCAGCCAUAGAGUAAAUUAUCAAGAUAGUAUUAACAGAGUUAUUGAAGAUGGACCGAAGUUUUUAUAUAACGUGACUAGUGAACGCAAUGAAGUUUGAGUCACUUUAUUUAUAAAGCAGA